CCAGCCUCCACCACCCACCCAGCCAGCCAGCCAGCCUCCACGACCCACCCAGCCUACACCACCCACCCAGCCUACACCACCCACCCUAACUCCACCACCCAUCCAGUCAGCCUCUUCCACCCAGCCAGCCUAGUCCACGUGGCCUCCACCACCCAGCCAGUCUCCUCCAACCAGCCAGCUUCCUCCACCCAGCCUCCUCCACCCAGCCACCCAGCCAGCCUCCUCCAGCCAGCCUCCUCAAAGCAGCCUCCACCACCCAACCAGCCUCCACCACCCAACCAUCCUCUACCCAGCCAGCCUCCUCCACCUAAACUCCACCACCCAACCUCCACCACCCAAUCAACCCACCCCACCCAGCCAGCCAGCCUCCUCCACCCAACCAGCCUCCUCCACGCGGCCAGCCUCCUCCACCCGGCCUCCACCACCCAGCCAGUCUCCUUCACCCAACCUUCACCUCCCACCCAGGCUUCACCACCCACCCUAACUCCACCACCCAUCCAGCCAGCCUCGUCCACCCGGCCUCCACCACCCAGCCAUUCUCCUCAAACCACCCAGCCUCCUCCACCCAGCCAGCCUCCUCCAACCGGCCUCCACCACCCAGCCAGUCUCCUCAAACCAGCCAGCUUCCUCCACCCAACCACCUCCACCCAGCCACCCAGCCAGCCUCCUCCACCCAGCCUCCUCAAAGCCGCCUCCACCACCCAACUAGCCUCCACCACCCAACCAGCCAGCCUUCACCCAGCCAGCCUCCACCACCCACCCAGCCACCCACCCACCCAGCCUCCACCACCCACCCAGCCACCCACCUACCCAGCCUCCACCACCCAUCCAACCAGCCAGCCUCCUCCACCACCCAAACAACCCACCAACCCAGCCAGCCUCCUCCAUGCAGCCAGCCUCCUCCACCAACCAGCCAGCUUCCUUCACCCAGCCUCCUCCACCCAGCCAUCCUCCUCCACCCAUCAUCCUCCUCCACGCAGCCGCCACCACCAGCCACCGCCACCACCCACCCAGCCAGCCUCCUCCACCCACACAGCCAGCGUCCUAAACCCACCCAGCUUCCUCCACCAAGCCAGCCUCCUCCACCCACCCAGCCUCCUCCAUCCACCCAGCCAGCCAGCCUCCUCCACCACCCAACCAGCCUCGUCCACCCAGCCUCCUCCACCCACCCAGCCGCCACCACCCAACCAGCCGCCACCACCCAAGCAGCCUCCUCCACCUAGCCAGUCUCGUCCAUCCAGCCAGUCAGCCUCCUCCACCCAACCAGUCUCCACCAACCCAGCCAGCCAGCCUCGUCCACCCGGCCUCCACCACCCAGCCAGUCUCCUCAAACCACCCAGCCUACCCAACCCAGCCAGCCUCCUCCAACCGGCCUCCACCACCCAGCCAGCCUCCUCCAACGGCCUCCACCACCCAGCCAGUCUCCUCAAACCAGCCAGCUUCCUCCACCCAACCACCUCCACCCAGCCACCCAGCCAGUCUCCUCCACCCAGCCUCCACCCACGCAGCCUCCACCACCCAACCAGCCAGCCAGCCUCCACCCAGCCAGCCUCCACCACCCACCCAGCCACCCACCCACCCAGCCUCCACCACCCACCCAGCCACCCACCUACCCAGCCUCCACCACCCAUCCAACCAGCCAGCCUCCUCCACCACCCAAACAACCCACCAACCCAGCCAGCCUCCUCCACCCAGCCAGCCUCCUCCAUGCAGCCAGCCUCCUCCACCAACCAGCCAGCUUCCUUCACCCAGCCUCCUCCACCCAGCCAUCCUCCUCCACCCAUCCUCCUCCACGCAGCCUCCACAACCCACCCAGCCAGCCACCUCCACCCACCCAGCCAGCGUCCUAAACCCACCCAGCUUCCUCCACCAAGCAAGCCUCCUCCACCCACCCAGCCAGCCAGCCUCCUCCACCACCCAACCAGCCUCCACCACCUAGCUAGCCUCCCCUCCACCCAGCCAGCUUUCUCCUCCCAGCCUCCUCCACACAGUCAGCCUCUUCCACCCAGCCAGCCUAGUCCACCCGGCCUCCACCACCCAGCCAGUCUCAUCCAACCAGCCAGCUUCCUUCACCCAGCCUCCUCCACCAUGCCACCCAGCCAGCCUCCUCCACCCAGCCUCCUCAAAGCAGCCUCCACCACCCAACCAGCCUCCACCACCCAACCAGCAGCUACCCAACCAGCCUCCUCCACCCAACCUACACCACCCAACAUCCACCACCCAAACAACCCACCCACCACCCAGCCAGUCUCCUCCAAUGAGCCAGCUUCCUCCACCCAGCCUCCUCCACCCAGGCAGCCUCCUCCACCUGGCCUCCACCACCCAGCCAGUCUCCUCCAACCAGCCAGCUUCCUCCACCCAACCACCUCCACCCAGCCACCCAGCCAGCCUCCUCCACCCAGCCUCCUCAAAGCAGCCUUCACCACCCAACCAGUCUCUACCCAGCCAGCCUCCUCCACCCAACCUCCACCACCCAACCUCCACCACCCAAACAACCCACCCACCGAGCCAGCUAGCCUCCUCCACCCAGCCAGUCUCCUCCAACGAGCCAGCUUCCUCUACCCAUUCUCCUCCACCCAGCCAGCCUCCUCCACCCGGCCUCCACCACCCAGCCAGUCUCCUCCACCACCCAGCCAGUCUCCUCCAACCAGCCAGCUUCCUACCACCCAACCACCUCCACCCAGCCACCCAGUCAGCCUCCUCCACCCAGCCUCCUCAAAGCAGCCUCCACCACCCAACCAGCCUCUACCCAGCCAGCCUCUUCCACCCAACCUCCACCACCCAACCUCCACCACCCAAACAACCCACCCAGCCAGCCAGCCAGCCAGCCAGCCUCUUCCACCCAGCCAGCCUCCUCCACGCAGCCAGCCUCCUCCACCCGGCCUCCACCACCCAGCCAGCUUCCUCCACCCACCCAGCCUUCUCCACUCAGCCAGCAUCCCUCCACCCACCCAGCCUCCUCCACCCACCCAGCCAGCUAGCCUCCUCCACCCAGCCAGCCUCCUCCACGCAGCCUUCUCCACCGAGUCAGCCUCCCCACCCAGCCAGUCUCCACCCACCAGCCAGCCAGCUAGCCUCCUCCACCCAGCCAGCCUCCUCCACCCAGCCUACACCACCUAG